AUUUGGCUGUCCGGCUAUAAAGAGAUUAGAUCUUUCGCUUCGCGCCAAAACAUCAACAACAAGAAUCUCUUCCCAUACGCAGUGCACACAAACACGCGGUGCGAUAUCGGUAGUGUUAAGGCACAGACACGUACACAACGGACCGAACAAGGGCUACCGUUGUACAUAAUAUUGUAAACAGCGAGUGUUAGGCUGAUAUUCUCAGUAAGUUAACUGUAUUUUCUAGUCUGGAAUUCCUACUUCUUCGGCCAUGACGGUGUCUGUACACGUACGGCCGAUCUCCACCGAUGAGCUGCGGCACGUUCUGGCCGGUGAGGCCGGCGACACACGGCGAGUUCUGCUGGUGGAUUCACGACCGUUCAUGCAGUUCAACGACAACCACAUCAGCGGGGCCCACAACAUCCACUGCCCGAGGCUGCUCCGGCGACGCUCCAAGGGAGCGCUGGCCAUGGACUAUAUCGUUACCUGCCCGGAGACAAGGGCCGAGUUUCUUGCCGGGUUGUUCUCAGCCGUCGUGGUGUACGACCAAGGCACGGGGGAAAUAGGAGAAUCAACCAUUAGAGACAACAGUGAUCUAGUCUUGGUGCUGGAGUCUCUACUUCAAGCCCCAGUCAGCCAUCUCACAACAGAAAUUACAUUUCUUCAAGGUGGUUUUGUUAAAUUCUUCCGAGAAAAUCCGUCCAUGUGUUCGGCCUCCUCGGACCAGGUCCAGGCCCAGGCUCGACCCCCGAUGGAAACUGAGGAAGCACUGCCUGCCGGAUGCGGAGUUGCCCCGGCACCGUCCCUGCGCCUCCAGAGGCUGACCAGAUGCGCCACCGUGCCUCUUGCCAUGGUGCCCCCCUCUGCUGGUGACGCUGCCUCGGUACCUCCGGCUGCUGCUCGGACCAUCCCCGUCCACCAGGAGGGGGAGCCCGUGCAGAUUCUGCCCCACCUGUACCUGGGCAAUGCCUUCCACGCAGCCCGCCGGGAUCUGCUGGAGGCGCACGCCAUCACGGCCGUGCUCAACGUCUCACGCUGCGUGCCCAACUACUUCCUCGCUGAGGGCGCCAUUACUUACAAGAGCAUCCCCGUGGACGACGAUAACGAGGCUGACCUGUUGUCGUGGUUUCCCGAAGCAAUCGAUUUCAUAGAUGCCGUCAAGUUGUCUGGUGGUUCGGUCCUGAUCCACUGUCGAGCUGGCAUCAGCCGCUCAGCCACCGUCUGCCUAGCCUACCUCAUGAAGGUGCAAGCCAUGCGCCUAGAAGAAGCCUUCGAGUUCGUCCGCAGCCUGCGUAAGGUCAUCUCUCCCAACUUCUCCUUCAUGCUGCAGCUGCUCAAGUACGAGUCGGAGCUCAAACAGGAGCGAGAGGUAGCGGGCCUGGGCGGGGCUGUCCUGCCCGGCCGCGACUGCCACACGCCUCACGACUUCAGCCGUACCUUGCCGGCGCUCUUCCCCGGCGCCCGCCGGACGCGCAGCGCGUCCCUACCCUGCCUGGUGCAUGGCGGAUUGUCCGAGAAGCCUCGCCAGCAGCUCCCCCAGUCCAAGUGUCCCUCCGUCUUUAAUUUUGCAAUAGCGCCCCCGUGCGGCUGGCAGCAGCCCGAUCAUACUCAGGGCGCCAAGCCGAUCUGUUCGCCCUCCUAAUUGUUGAGUAAUAAGCAAUCGAAAAAAUCGAGAGAGAAAAUCAGAAAGUUCAACUUCUCUAUACGCUGCUAGCUCGUUUGUUGCAUUGUAAAUGCUGCCUUAUUGGUGUUAUUUAAAGUGAUUAUUUAUUUAUAACAGAAGAAAAAAAUGAUGUUAAAAGAUAAAGUUAUUUAUAUUCGAGCCACACUAGCGAAACUGUUGAUUUGAACGACGCUAAAAGCUUAGGGAGACGUUCAGCAGUAGUUUAUUUAAGAUUUUACAACUUAAAAGUGUUAUACUUUAACGAAGUAGAAGACCCAACCGAAAUGUAUUGCUUUUUGUUAUUUUCCUUUGUAUUUUUUGUAUUGUAACACGAUUUUUAUACCCGAAAAGACUUGUCAUACGAAUGCUAUUAUCUCGUUAUAUUGUAUUGAUAUUGUGAAAGUAAUUUUUGCAUACAUUUUUGUUUUGAACGAUUGUGUUUGUUUUAAUACUUCAAUUCACGCGCAUAUUUGAAAACUGGGUGAUCUUACCCGUCAGUUUUAACACUGUGGUUACUUCCUUGUUGUUCAUCCAAGUUUAAAGUAUUCCUGUUUCAGUUGUUAAAAUACUGUUUGAAAUCAUAAGAAGAUUUUGUGCCCUUUUGCAUUUUUGCAAUUUAUAUAAACAUUCACAGAUUAACUGUGUGCUUAACAUGUGCGGCAAAAUUUAAAGAAAUACAUGUACACCACGUCAGGGGAAAUAGUGUAAUCGCUAUGUGGUCGAUAAUUAUACGUACACGUAUUCGCUUUUUCUGAUAUGUUUAAUGUAUUCACACUUCACAGAAAAACCAACAACCGCAAACGCUUACAAAGCAUUUAAAGUCGUGAAACAAAAACUGAGGAGAUACAGAAAUUUGAAGCCAGUCUUAAACUCCUGUCUUCUUUCACGCGAUCUUGAUUUCGUUUUCAUUAAAAAAAAUAAUAAAAAAGUCACUGAAAUAUUUGUAAGUAUUGGUGCCGCCAUUUUGUAUGGCAAAGGUUGUGACGUGGGCACUGCAGUAGUGAAUCUGCCUCGUGGUUUCCAGUGCGUUCUGCGUACAUCGUUAAAUAUCAUUGUUUAAUCUCAUGCUCGUAUGACAUGAUCCGAUCAUUUAAAAUCAUAAUCAUUUCGAAGCUGCGAAGAGCAUUUUCUCUGGGUCGUUGACAUGCCCAUUGUUUUGUGUGAAAACCCAUAAGGUUAUAUUAUGUUGGCUGCCGACUUAAUUAUUUGUACCGAUUUUGUGCAAUUUUGUACUCGUUUCAUAUAGAGCUUUAUACAAUGUUUUGGAAGACCGUGCUACUCCAUUUCAUCGUUUUUGUACAGGUUAUUUGUUCACAAUCACUUGCCGUAAUUAUGGUUGACUUAUAAUAAGUGUUUUUAUUCAUUUUUUUUUUUAAUGUUAGAUGGACACUCCGAAUUUUAGGAGGCGGUUUUUACUUGGAUACAAUAAGUUUAAAUUAAUUAUUGUGAUUACUUAUUUUUAUGGAUCGGGGCCCAAUUUUAACGCUUAGCAAUAAUCACGGAAUUGUGCGCUUACGAUCAUUAUUACAAUUGUAUACUAACAGCGCUAACAAAGACAUUUUGUGUUUAGCCCAUGAGCACGAUAUCCGUAGUGCCGCGAUGUACGCAUGCGCACAAGAUAACAUUAUUUGCUAACUUGCAUUAUGCUUGCCGUUAUGCUUACCGUUAUGCUUACCGUUUUGCUGUUGUAAGCGGGGCUAUUAUGCUUACCGUUUUGCUGUUGUAAGCGGGGCUAUUUUGCUUACGUUAAGCAGAGCCUAGAAAUUGGGCCCGGGUUUGUAUUGAGAAUUGUAUUAUUUUUUAUCAAGAACGACUGUUUAAAUGGUGUAAUAAACAAUUAUGUUCCGAGCAAGAAUUCUA